CGUGGUAAUCUGAGAAGUGAGUGUGGCUCAUCCACACUGAAGGUGAGUGUGAGCCUAGCACUCCCCUCUAAAAAAUAUGAUGCUCACUUUGAUGAAGCCCUAAAUGGGCGCUGUAUAUUUCUUGUUGGUAUGAUGGGCUCUGGGAAAACAACUGUUGGCAAGAUUUUAUCAGAAACACUUCAUGAUUAUUCUUUUGUUGAUAUUGAUAAAUUGGGGGAGGAUGAGGUUGGUGGAAAAUCUGUAGCUGAAAUUUUCAAGCUGUAUGGGGAGGGAUUCUUUAGAGACAAGGAGACCGAGGUUCUGCAUAAGUUAUCUUUGAGUCAACGUCUGGUUGUCUCUACUGGUGGAGGUGUGGUGGUUCGGCCGGUGAACUGGAAAUAUAUGCAGAAGGGGAUUAGUGUGUGGUUAGAUGUACCCUUGGAGGCCUUAGCUCAGAGACUCGCAGGUGCCGGAACUGAUUCGCGGCCCCUUUUGCAUCACAGAGAAACCAUCGUGCGUCUGAGAAGUCUUUUUGAAGAGAGGGGGGAUGCAUAUGCCAAUGCCGAUGCUAGGAUUUCGUUGGAAAAUGUUGCUGCCAAAAUGGGGUGUAGAGAUGUAUCCAAUAUCACACCUAGUGUUAUUGCUUUCGAGGCGCUUGAACAACUUCAAGGCUUUCUCAAGGAAGAGGAAGGCCGUUCAUUCUAAGUUGGCAAUAUCUUUCAUGCUGCAUUUAAAAUAUAGCGGCAGCAUGCAUUCUUCUCAAUGCCACUCUUUGGUGCAUUUCACAAACACCUUGUGCACAACCUUGUAGUGGCUUCUAAAAAAUUUGAGGAGUGCAUCCACAAUAAAUUGUUCCUAGUUCAGGUAACAGAUGAAAAUCAGUCAUAUGGUUAUGGUUAAUUGGUAAUACAUGGUUGACAGGCAUUGAUGUAGACAGUCAUUUUA